UUGGACAAGUGUCCCAACAAAAUGUCAUUAUACAACACAAAUCUAAGCUUCAGAAUUAUAACCCAAUAGCCAUUUGGACAUUAGAUACAGCUACAAGGGCUUAUUGAAUUUGGGGCUUCCCAUCCCAAUUAAGCAUUUUUUUUUUAUAAUUAAUUUUAUGAACGAAUGAAUGGCAACAACAAUUUAAAUCAAAGAAUCGUUGUGUUGGCAUCACACUUCACUGGUUCUUCUUUCGGUUCCAUGGCUUCAGAGAAAGAAGCUGCUCUUGCUGCCACUCCCUCUGAUGCUGAUGCUCCCACCAUAUUUGACAAGAUUAUAAACAAGGAGAUUCCUUCUACUGUGGUUUACGAGGAUGAUAAGGUGCUUGCCUUUAGGGACAUAACUCCUCAAGCUCCUACACAUAUUCUAAUCAUUCCUAAAGUCAAAGAUGGGUUAACUGGUCUGUCCAAGGCUGAGGAGAGGCACUGCGAAAUUCUGGGCCGCCUUCUUUACACUGCUAAGUUGGUUGCAAAGCAAGAAGGUCUUGAUGAUGGCUUCAGGAUUGUGAUCAAUGAUGGGCCAAAGGGAUGUCAAUCAGUUUACCACAUUCAUGUGCACCUCCUUGGGGGACGACAAAUGAACUGGCCACCUGGCUAAGAUGUGGGAAAGGAUUCAUAGUGAACCAUGUGCAGUAAUAUCCUGGUUGUGCUCUCUUUCAAUAAUGGUUUAAGACAACUAAUAAGUUGCUACGUUGUACUUGAAUUGAUAUAUGAUCAAGUUAGAUAACCAGUGUUGGAUAUGUUUAAACACACAUGAAUUUAAGCUACUGCUUAGUUCCAUAGUCGUUUUCUAGAUUCUGAUUUUUAAUGAUGGCAUUCCUUUAUACUAUGGUUUAAAUUGCUCCUCUAACAUUAGAGGCAU